AUGCGCCUUACCGCUAGCAAUAAGGCGUCCAAGCUUGCGGAGCUUGCGGAGCUUGACAGCAAGGUCCGCAGUUUUCUCGAGAUGGUUAUGGGUGAGCUAGGGUGGAGGCAAACACUAAUCUGCGUUCCCGUUGCGCUUUGUAUCAGGCUGCUUUUCCUUCUCCAUGGGUCAGUCCUCGACACUCUCCAACAUUCCAAAAGUGAGACCGACCAUCAGAAAAGAGACAUGUCGUGGAGCGGGCUCGACAUGGAGCGGAACAAACUCGUUGUGGAUGAGGCACUGUCUCGUGACAUUGACAGUCUACUGAGCGCGGAAGAGGAAUACCGUAAGACGUGGGUGUUUUAG